UGUUGUGGGAUUUAAUGUUUGAUCUUUAGUUGACUAAACAUCUUGUGUUUGUGCUUAAUGUAUCUUUCCUUAUCUUUUUCUUGGUCUUAUUAGUUACUGAAAUUAAGGACUUGAAGUAUAGUUUAGAUCAUAUGCAUUUAUAUGACUCAUUCAUAUAAACGACUGAAACCUCGAUGUAAAGUGAUAAUUCGUCUCUCAAUUUUAUUUCUGGAAAGGUUAAUUGAACUUAUUUGUUUAUGGGGAUGUUUUUCGUGCGUUUUCACCAAGUUGGCAUUGGUGUGUAUUUGUCGCAUGGACUAUCUUCUAUUUUGCAAUGAAAUGAUUUCUUGUAAGCAUAAAAAACCAAUAAAAAAAACAAGUCCCACAAAAAUUAUAAAAAUGCUAAGCAACUUGAGAAAAAAAUAUGUUGUAUUAAAAUAGAAUUCUUUUAAAAAAAAAAUCAAAUCUUAAACGGGAUAUUUUCAUUUCAGCAAACGAAAGGAUAACGCGUGUCAAAAUUUCAUUAUCCAUCCACCUACUACUAUCAAUAAUAUUGGAACCACAGUUAUAAUCCGUUGUUUCCUCUUAGAAGGCUUCACUCCACAAAGCUCUUUGCUUUAUCCCCUUCCAAAGAUGGACCGCUUCUCUCUUCUCUUCCUCCUCCUUUCCUCCGUCGUUGCUUCGGCCGUCGUCUCCGACGUUAAUAGCGAUGACGAUCCUCUCAUCCGUCAAGUUGUUUCCGAUGGUGGUGUCGAGGAGGACUCCGAUGACCAUCUCCUUAAUGCGGAGCACCACUUCACGCUGUUCAAAUCCAAGUAUGGGAAAACCUACGCAUCCCAGGAGGAGCACGAUUACCGACUGGGAGUCUUCAAGGCUAACCUGCGUCGGGCCAAGCGUCAUCAGGUCCUGGACCCCAGUGCCGUCCAUGGCGUCACAAAGUUUUCCGAUUUAACUCCAUCGGAGUUCCGCCGCCAGUAUCUAGGCUUGAAACCGCUCAAGCUCCCAGCCGAUGCUCAAAAGGCUCCUAUCCUUCCGACUGACAAUUUACCGGAUGACUUUGACUGGCGUGACCACGACGCCGUCACUGGCGUUAAAGACCAGGGUUCCUGUGGAUCGUGUUGGUCGUUCAGUGCGACGGGGGCUUUGGAGGGAGCCCAUUAUUUGGCGACAGGAGAGCUUGUAAGCUUGAGUGAGCAGCAGCUUGUUGAUUGUGAUCACGAGUGUGAUCCACAACAGUAUGGUGCGUGUGACUCAGGGUGUAAUGGUGGUCUAAUGACCUCUGCUUUCGAGUACACCCUGAAGGUUGGUGGACUUGAGAGAGAGAAGGAUUACCCUUACACUGGGAAUGACCGUGGUCCCUGCAAAUUUGACAAGACCAAAAUCGCUGCCUCUGUUUCUAACUUCAGCGUCAUUUCUGUUGAUGAGGAUCAAAUCGCUGCUAAUUUGGUGAAGCAUGGUCCCCUUGCAGUGGGUAUCAAUGCAGUUUUCAUGCAGACAUAUAUGGGAGGAGUUUCAUGUCCUUACAUUUGCUUUAGAACUUUGGAUCAUGGAGUUCUUCUGGUAGGGUACGGAGCUGCUGGUUACUCCCCAAUCCGCUUUAAGGACAAGCCUUUCUGGAUCAUAAAGAAUUCAUGGGGAGCAAACUGGGGAGAGGACGGAUAUUACAGAAUAUGCAGAGGUCGCAAUGUUUGUGGAGUGGACUCCAUGGUCUCAAGUGUGGCGGCUUUGCAUACAAAGUCUCAGUAGCAUAGCCCUGUAAAUGACUGAGAUAAGUAACAGUAAUAUUAGUAUCCAUCAGUAUGUCUUAACUCUGGAUUUAUGCCAUCUGCUAAAACGGGUUUAUUCCAAUCCUGGUUUAUGCAGCCACCUUUAAAAGGCUGCAUUUAGUAGCUUUAGAAUUUUAAUCUCAGCAUAUGAACCUCUUUUUUCUUGGGCAAUGAUUUUCAUUGUACCAAAUAAAAGGGGUGUAUGCUAGAGAUGAUUAUUACUUAUUUGUGUUGUAACCAAAUGUUGUGAUGUAUAUCAGUCUACCUAUAUAUGAAUUUGGAACUUGGUAUUA